AUGCCAUUUGUAAAAUUUAGGAAUAAACGUGCUCGUCGCGAUGAUGAUGAUGUUGAUUUGGAAUAUGCACAAGCAAAGGGGCAAAGUCGACCAUCAUCGAGAACUGAAUCAAAAUGUACUAAAAAUGCAGAUAGUCAAAGUUCAACACCUGUUGAUCUUUGCAGUGCCAUUCCUGGUAUUCAAUCAGAGGCAAGCAGCGAAGAAACAUCGAACUCAUCAACUCCUGCUCCACAUGAAAGCACAUAUAAUAUUGCGACCACGAGCCAUGAAUUGGACAAUAGUGCAGCACGAUCGUCACAUCCCUUAUCGUCAGCUGCACUAUCUUCAGCUGGUGCAGAAAAUGUCAGGGAUGUAAUGACCAAGAAAACCUGCCGAUUACAGUAUACUCCACGAGCACGAAGAAUGAAAUAUGGAGAUGAUUUGUUAUCCAAUGCCGAUGAAGAAGAAAUAUCAUGCACUUCAUCAAGAGAUACCAGAAGACAAGCCACUAACGACAGCACAAAUGUAGCAUCAGGUGAUGGGCGUCCCGCAUCGCAAUCUCGUCGUAAGCAAGAUCUCUCAACAAUCCGUGAAAAUAAUGAUGAAGUCAUGAUUGUGCGCUAUUCAAACGGUGAGGCAUCUUUGCCUAAGGAUCUCUCUGAAAUUCCUGUCUACCUUACUGAAACACAACGUGAUCUAUUUUUUUCCUUCAUCCGUCCUGCUUCGCCUUCAAGUGAUGGCGCAUCAAGUGCCCAUAAGUGCAUGCAAUGUGGCGACAUUAUUGCGAAUAUAUCGGAGGGACGACGGCAUGCUGUGAGUCAUUUACGCAUUAUGCGUUUGCGUUGUUCACUGUGUGGAUGCGGUUCAUUUUUCUGUUCAGACAUGCGAACUCACUUGCAAUAUAGACACUGUGAUAAAUUGCAUCUUGCACCAAGAGGUUACGUAUUGCCGGGCAGCAUCCUGCCAUGCAUGACACAGAGACAAGCCGAUGAUCUCACGCGAGUUGUAGAUGCAAUGAAGCCAGGUCGUGUAAUGUAUACUUCGGGAAAAAUUAUUAGCUCAACUAAUCCAAAACCGUAUUAUCCGGAUCCGAUAAUUGAAGAACGUGUUCUGGGUACUCUCUUGCCGGAAAUCGAUGCCAGUAAUGAACAGGGUCGAAAUAUUUCAGCAACUACCACAGGAAGUAUAAAUGCUGCUGUUAGAAAAUCAUAA